CCAGUCUGCUAUGAAGACAUGGGUGCCAAUACAACAAAAUGGCGGAUGGUGAUGAGAGUCGUUCCCCAGACUUUUGGCUUCCUUCUGCCCUUGAUGGUCAUGCUGUUUUGCUAUGGACUCACCCUGCGCACACUGUUUGAGGCCCACAUGGGGCAGAAACACCGGGCCAUGAGGGUCAUCUUUGCUGUUGUGCUUGUCUUCCUGCUCUGCUGGCUCCCCUACAACCUGGUCCUGGUCGCAGACACCCUCAUGAGGCUCCGGGUGAUCAAGGAGACGUGCGAACGCCGCAAUGACAUUGGCAGGGCCCUGGAUGCCACCGAGAUUCUGGGCUUCUUCCACAGCUGCCUCAAUCCCAUCAUCUACGCCUUCAUUGGUCAGAAGUUUCGCCAUGGACUCUUCAAGAUCAUGGCCAUCCAUGGCCUCAUCAGCAAGGAGCACUUGCCCAAGGACGGCAGGCCUUCCUUUGUUGGCUCUUCAUCAGGGAACACUUCUACUACCUUCUAAGCCCCUGCCCCUGUGGCAGCCCCUCAGGGCUCUUCCCUUGCCAUCAGCACCCCAUUCCAAGCCUAAUGCCCACUGGCUGUCCACAGCCUCUGUAUCAAGGCAGCCUGGGUUGUGGUUACAGGCAGUUACUGGGGCCAUGUCCUUAUCAGGCCCCCACUGUAUGGUUUAGAAAGCCUUCCUGGAGGGUCCCUCCCCCUUUUACUGUAGUUGCUAUGUCAGCUGCUAGAGCUCAGUCCAUCCUACCACUGAGCCCACAGCACUCUGUUCUCUGAGACACUUAAAGACAUUUCAAAGACAUUCUUUUAAGUGACUACAGAAAGGUCCCACCAUUGGGAGCCAUUAGUGGGAAAUGGCAUUAGUUGCUGCCCCGACUCUCCCUUUCUUGUCUGUCAACAAAGUCCACUUCCCUUGAGAGAGGCCAAAAUGGACAGGUACUCCCUUUCUAAGACUCCCUUAUGCUGGAAGUGGCCUUAUCAUUUACUUCUGACUAAUAAGAUUCAAGGGCAAUA